GCGAUAAAAUCCGUCGUCUUCUUUCACGAUCGAUCGGCAUCCUUUUUGUUUACUCGAGUAGAGGCCGAAAGGGCCUGCGGUGGAAACAUUUACCGCGGUCACAGGUAGACGGCAUCGACAUGUGCGGUGGAUGAGGAAUACGAGGCGAUCGAGCGCGUAUACUGAUCCCUGCUCAGCUGAUCGGCUUCGUGACACGAUGACCAUCCCGUGAUCCUUCCUCUGAUUGCGAUUCUUCUUCUUUUCGCCGCCGCCGCCUAACAAUUCCGGCAACCAGAAAGAAAAGGGAAGGGAGGGGAAGAGGUUAGGUCCUAUGUUCAAUUUGCUCACGGGACCAGUUCUUGUUCGCCUCUCUAUUUCCUCUUUGGUGGACAUAAAUAUCCACAUUGCCGCUCUCAGCAUCAGUUUCCUUGCUUGGAAUUCUGCGUAUCGGCCAAAGUUUGGAGCUUUAUCCUUCUUUGCCCUCGUACUUCACUUUCUCCUCCAUAAUUGGAACCAGUAUUACUGUGCGUCUACUUGAAUAAUUCACACUUCUUCCUUGACCUGUUUGUCCUAUAAAACCACCGCAAGGUGAAGUGACUUGUUGAGCAUGAUAUUUUAUAUCACUCAGCUGCACUUGCUCCGUUGGCACUUGUUGAGGAGGAGUGUUUAACAAAAAGGAAGGAGUUGUAUUGAUUCAGAAGAAAAAUUAUGGGCUUGCUUUCUAUCUUUGGUUUCUUUCUUUUGAUGUCCUCGGUCUUCACCCACGGAAAGGAAUGCACCAAUAUUCCUACACAAUUAUCUUCUCACACAAUUCGUGCUCAGCUUGCAACGUCUACCAAUGAAACAUGGAAAGCAGAGAUGCUCUCUUACUAUCACUUAAAUCCUACUGACGAGUCAGCAUGGAUGGAUUUGCUACCAAGAAAGCUAUUGAACAAGGAUACCCCCAUUGAGGAGUUUAACUGGCUGAUGUUGUAUCGGAGCAUGAAAGGCUUUGGCAGGUUUCAUGUGCAUCAGAAAGGAGCAAAUUUCCUUAGUGAAGUAUCUCUCCAUGACGUCCGCCUUGACCAGAAUACCAUGUUUGGACGAGCACAACUGACUAAUCUGGAGUACUUGUUGCUUCUUGAUGUUGAUCGGCUAGUUUGGAGCUUCAGGAAGCAAGCUAAUAUGUCAACUCCUGGCCAACCUUAUGGAGGAUGGGAAGCUCCAAAUGUAGAGCUUAGAGGGCAUUUCGUGGGUCAUUACAUGAGUGCAUCAGCUCAGAUGUGGGCUAGUACCCAUAAUCAGACUCUUUAUCAGAGAAUGUCAUUAGUUGUUGAUGCACUUUAUGAUUGCCAGAAAAAGAUAGGCACAGGAUAUCUUUCUGCUUUUCCUUCUGAAUUUUUUGACCGUUUUGAAGCUAUCAUGAGUGUUUGGGCUCCUUAUUAUACCAUUCAUAAGAUCAUGGCUGGUCUUCUAGACCAAUACAUAUUAGCUGGUAAUGUCAAAGCAUUGCAGAUGGUCGUGAGGAUGGCUGAUUACUUUGGGAACCGUGUCAAGAAUGUUAUCGUCAAGUAUAGCAUAGAAAGACAUUGGGUUUCACUUAAUGAAGAAACUGGUGGGAUGAAUGACGUCCUGUAUAGACUCUACAGUGUUACGAAAGAUCCAAAGCAUUUGGUAUUAGCCCAUCUAUUUGACAAACCAUGCUUUCUCGGUCUGCUUGCAGUGCAGGCUGACAGCAUUUCUGAUUUUCAUUCAAAUACACAUAUUCCAAUUGUAAUAGGAGCACAAAUGCGAUAUGAGAUUACAGGUGAUUCGCUUUACAAGGAUAUCAGUGCGUUCUUUAUGGAUAUUGUGAAUUCUUCCCACAGUUAUGCAACAGGAGGAACUUCGGUCAGUGAAUUCUGGUGUAACCCAAAGCGUCUUGCAGACAGGCUAGGCACAGAAAAUGAAGAAUCUUGCACUACUUAUAACAUGCUUAAGGUAUCUCGCAACUUAUUUCGAUGGACAAAGGAGAUGGCAUAUGCUGAUUAUUAUGAGAGAGCACUGACGAAUGGUGUGUUAAGUAUUCAAAGAGGAACAGAUCCAGGGGUGAUGAUUUACAUGCUUCCUCAAGGCCCUGGAAAAUCAAAGGCAAUGAGUUAUCAUGGUUGGGGCACAAAGUUUGAUUCAUUUUGGUGUUGUUAUGGAACUGGAAUUGAAUCAUUUUCAAAACUUGGAGAUUCUAUUUAUUUUGAGGGUAAAGGAACUAUACCAAGCCUUUAUAUUAUACAGUACAUAUCUAGUUCUUUUAGUUGGAGAGCUGCUGGAAUUCAACUGAGCCAGAAGACAAAACGAGUAUACUCCUUUGAUCCUUAUCUGCAGGUCUCAAUUACAACCUUGGCUAACGAGUCAAGUCUGACUUCAACGUUGAACUUGAGGAUACCAUCUUGGACAUCCUUAUCUGGUGCAAAAGUGCUUCUAAAUGAUGAAAAUCUAAAGCUAACUCCUGAAAAAUUCCUGUCUGUCACAAGGAAUUGGACUUCAAAUGACAAUUUGACCCUUGUGUUGCCUCUCAUAUUAAGGACGGAAUCCAUCAAAGAUGACCGGCCCGAGUAUGCUUCCCUGCAGGCAAUUCUUUUUGGUCCAUACCUUCUUGCAGGCCUGACAACCGGUGACUGGAACAUAAAGACCGGAAAUUCUAGCUCCAUCUCGGAUUGGAUAACUGCGAUUCCAGCUUCGUAUAAUUCACAACUUGUAUCCCUUGUGCAGGAGUCCAACGGCAAGGCCUUCGUCUUCUCGAACUCCAAUGGUUCCUUGACAAUGGAGGAGUGGCCUGCUGAAGGAACCAACUCUGCCAUACAUGCAACAUUCAGAUCUCCAAAAGGCUGCGAUGUCAUACCCUGCAAGAAGACUGACCAGAGCUCGGUGAUGCUAGAACCAUUUGAUCUUCCAGGGAUGGUAGUGGUACAUCAAGGCCCUAACAAUGACCUUGCACUUUCAACAACAACUAGCCCAGAGAGUGUAUUCAAUAUCGUCCAAGCAUUGGAUGGGAAACAAGAUAGAGUGUCCUUGGAGUCCAGCAAUCAGCAAGGGUGCUUUUUGUCUCCCAGAAUCAGUAACACGGCCGGAAGCACAGUUCGGUUGGCAUGUGUGUCUGAUUCAGAGCCAGACAAGUUGUUCAGGCAGGCGGCAAGCUUCACUCCGAUCACAGGGUUGAGGGAAUACAAUCCGAUUAGCUUCAUGGCAAAGGGAGUUAGGAGGAACUUCGUGUUGGAGCCUUUGCUGAGCCUGAAAGAUGAGACGUAUAGUGUCUAUUUCGACAUUGUAACUUGAGAUUCAACCUCUGUUUUAGCUAAAUAAAGCUUAGCAGAGCCGCACCAGCUCAUGCAAAUCUGUGUUAUUUGUGCCUUAAAAGCCACUUCCUAACAGCUUAUGUUUGGGUCCUGAGGUGACUGUGGACAAUUGUUUCGCCAAAAAAUAUAAAAUAAAAAGUUUUUUUUUUUUGUUGA